AUAUUGCGCUUGCCCGAAGAAAAAACCCUAGCUCGAGAACCAGACUUAUAUACCUCAAUUUUCUCUAACCUCAUUCGUCUUCUCCGCCGAGCUCUGCAGAAAUGGGUGCUUAUAAGUACGUAUCUGAGCUAUGGAGGAAGAAGCAGUCCGAUGUGAUGAGGUUUUUGCAAAGAGUGAGAUGCUGGGAAUAUCGCCAGCACCCUUCAAUCGUUCGUGUUACGCAUCCCACUCGCCCGGAUAAGGCUCGUCGAUUAGGCUACAAGGCCAAACAGGGUUAUGUUGUAUACCGUGUACGUGUGAGGCGUGGUGGAAGGAAGAGGCCUGUUCCUAAGGGUAUUGUAUAUGGUAAGCCAACAAACCAGGGUGUUACCCAGCUGAAGUUCCAACGCAGCAAGCGUUCAGUUGCCGAGGAACGUGCUGGCCGUAAGUUGGGUGGUCUUAGAGUUCUCAACUCCUACUGGAUUAAUGAGGAUUCAACAUACAAAUACUUCGAAGUGAUCUUGGUUGAUGUGGCUCACAAUGCUGUUCGCAAUGAUCCAAGAAUAAACUGGAUCUGCAAUCCUGUUCACAAGCACAGGGAACUUCGUGGUCUCACAUCCGCUGGGAAGAAGUACAGAGGUCUUCGUGGAAAGGGUCAUCGUCACCACAAGGCAAGACCUUCACGAAGGGCUACAUGGAAAAGAAACAACACGCUCUCUCUUCGCCGGUACCGUUAAUCUCAGCGACCUCAUUAGAUUCCAUCCCAUCCUUGUAUUUUGCUCAAUUGCUUGGUUGUCAAAAAAGAAACUUCAGUUCUUCCAAGUUUUUGUUUAAUUUUACUGUUAGCCAAACUGGGUUUUUCUAGUGUUUCAUGCGGAUGCAUUUUUGGUUCUUUUCUUGAGAAAACUUGAGUUCUUAUUUUCACUGCAA